UAUACAGAGAGAUUAGUAGCUCUCUCUUUGCCUUAGUGUUUACAUAGGGGGUCCCUGACCUUCCCACAAUCCUUUGCGGUCGCUCGGUUCAGUCUUCACUUGACGCCAAAUCGCGAAAUUGUGAAAACCACACACAUGAUUAUCGAUUAUUUCUAUUUGAAAUCAACAUCCAGAUCCAAGAAUGCCAAAGUCAAAGAAAAGGACGAAGAGUUUCAUUGGAUACAGACCAAAGUUCCAUUACCAGAAAGGGUCUAGGUCUGAAAAUAACACGCACAGGUCAGAGUUCACAGUGCACGUGGACACUAGUUCAGAGACAGCAACAUCUUCAGACAGAACUGACGCUGACCUGGUAUCAGAAAAGGUUGAUGUAUCACACUCAAGUGCAGAUGUUGAACAAUUUUUAGAUGCCUAUCCUGAUGGUCACAGUCAUGAGUACUGUUUGGAUUCCUUCAGUUUUUCAGCAGAAAGGGACAGUAAUGACAGUGCAAUAUCUGUGGAUGAUCAGUCAGUGUUAGAUGAAUCCAUAUUAUUACAAGACCACAGUAAUACUAAUAUACAACAUCAACAUGACCUACUUGAGGACUCAGCUAUUGAUCUAGACAUUAGCUCAUGUGCAGAAGAUCUAGACAGUUCUGCCAGCGAGCCUGUAGUUAAUGAACCUGUGAAUAGUUAUGAGAGCUUAAAAGAAAAGUUAACAGAAGUGAUUGAAGCCCCAUUUGUAAUGAACACAACUAACGGUGACAUCAGGAUACUUGAAAUUUACAACAGUGGUAGCAAGUCAAUUGUCAAGCUGGUGGUCCUGAUACAUGCAGAUUACACAGCUACUAUAUCUGUUCACCAAAGGGAAAUUCCAUCCACACAUGAUCUUUGGAACGGUAUGCCGCCAAUAUUUGAUUCAACAUCAAAGAUUUUGCUACUUUUAACAAAAUUACAAACAUUCUCUGUGUGCAUUGGGAAUACUGAUGAGGAGUUCCAAAGUCUUGUGCCAGUUGGAGCAGGUAUCUCUGAUGGGGAAGAUCAUGGAUUAAUACCCGGGCAAGUACUGGCGUACCGAGAAGGAGAUUUUUGUGCUUCACAAGGAAACAUCACUUACCAUUCAACAAUCAGAUCUUCACAGUGCAGUAUGCUGAUCUAUCAGAGGUCCCGAUGUGCAAACUGCUCCUCGUUCCGAAGAAACCUAAGGAGAAGGAAGCAGAACCUUCAAGGAAAGGAGAAUAAAUUACUUUCAGCCAAUUACAGGCACUCAAACAUGACAACAGAGAUGCUGAAAGCUAAACUUCACGAACAGAAGAAGAAGAUUAGGAGUCUGCAAAAUGAACUUGACACAUUGAAGCGUAGGUUUGACCGAGAAAUUCUAAAGAAAGGUGUUUCAUUUAAUGAUGCCCAAAACAUUGAAAUGUCUGAUCUUGUGUCAUCAUGCAGUGGGGACAUGCAGAAUGCAUAUGUUGACCCAAAUUGUCUGCAGCGGUUGUUUUGGGAUCAACAGAGGAAAUUUAAUUCAAGUGGAAAGAAUGGAAUGAGGUGGCAUCCCAUGAUUAUAAAAUGGUGUUUGUACCUUCGUCAUCGCUCUGCUAAAGCAUAUGAAGCCAUGCGUGACGGUGGAUUUAUCAACUUACCAAGUGCAAGAACUUUAUUUGACUAUUCACAUUAUACUAAAAGUACUAUUGGAUAUUCUACAGAUGUAGUUAAAGUGCUAAAGGAAGAAGCUUCCAAAAGAAAUAUGUACAGUGAGGAUGAAAGUUGGAGAGGCUAUGUUGGUGUACUUUUUGAUGAACUCAAGAUCAAGGAGGACCUGGUGUACGACAAACACAGUGGAGAGCUUGUCGGUUACUGUGACCUUGAUUCUGUGGGCAACAAGUUCAUGGAAUUGGAGAAAUGUUUGAAUGUAAGUGCCGAUAAAACAACGGACAUUGCCAAAUAUGUGAUGAUUGUUAUGGUCCGAGCAGUAACAACAGAUUUGAAGUUUCCACUGGCUGCAUUUGCUACAAAAAGUAUAACAGCAGAUUUUCUGUACCCAAUUCUAUGGAAAGCUAUCCAUAUUUUGGAAAACAUUAAUCUCAAAGUGCUUUUUUUAACCUGUGAUGGAGCAUCAGCCAACCGACGUUUUUUUAAAUUACAUACUUUAAAUGGACAUGACUUUGUGCAUUACACAGACAACCCAUAUGAUUCCUCUAGGAAAAUAUUUUUUGUAUCAGAUGUGCCACAUCUCCUGAAAACCACAAGGAACUGUUUUAGCAAUUCAUUUUCCCAUAGAAUGUCCAGACAAUUAUGGAAGGAUGAAAAAAACAUUUCCUGGAUGCACAUUGUUAAGUUGUAUGAGGAACACUGUGAAUUCAGUUUGUACACUCCAUGCCCAGAGUUGUCACGUGCUCACGUUGACCUUACUGCUUUUACGUGUAUGAAGGUAAAAUUGGCAGCCCAAGUAAUGAGCGACUCUGUGGCGAAUGCGCUAGAAGAACUGUAUGAUGGCCAGGUAUCAGAAACGGUUACAUUUAUUAGAAACAUCAACAAGUUUUUCGAUUGUUUGAAUGUACGGAAUCGUUUCGAAGGUCGUAACAAAAGAAAUCCGAAUCUGGCACCCUAUAUGCAGACAGAUGACGAGCGACUUGAUUGGCUUCAACAAGAUUUCCUGGGAUACCUGGAUACAUGGAAACAUAAAGUUCACAACCGUCCGGGGAACUUCUCCGCCUCACAGAAAGCGAGCAUGCUUCUGAGCUAUCAGACACUGGAAGGCCUUCGGAUAUCAGUUAAGUCAAUCACCGAGUGUGUGAGACUCAUGUUGAAUGAGGGAGCACAGUUCAUAUUGACCCAUGCUUUUAACCAAGAUCCACUAGAGGAACACUUUGGACACCAUAGAAACAAAGGUGGAGCAAAUGACAAUCCAACUGUCUAUGAUGUGAGAAAUGCUUUGACACAGAUCAGAUCAGUGAAUGUGCAUGCAUUUGCCCCCCGAAACGGUAAUGUAUUGCAAAAUCAACAGAUUGUGAACAUUGAUAACUCUAGUCUACCAAAGAGGAAAGUUAACAGAAAUUAGAUACAAUCCAGAGUCCAAGAUUCAUUCAAGACCAUUUAUUGAGAGUGGCAACUGCUGAGA